CAGCGCCUACUAUCUCGCCAAACCAAUCUCAACCGCUCGGAAACCCACCCCACCACAGAAAAUGGCGCCUGUCACUCUCGACGACAUCCCGACGCUCACAAAGCUGUACCAGGACAGGACUAUCGUGCCCGACAAUGACGUAUCGUCUUCCUAUACUCCCUCCGCAACACUCAACGACAAGAUCAGCAUCAUCCGAAGAGACAUCACGACCCUCGCCAUCGACGCCAUUGUCAAUGCUGCAAACACAUCGCUGCUUGGCGGCGGCGGGGUCGAUGGCGCAAUUCACCGCGCCGCUGGUCCCAAGCUCUACGACGAAUGCGAGACCCUCGACGGGUGUGAGACGGGAAACGCCAAGAUGACCAGAGGCUACGAACUGCCCAGCAAAAAGGUCAUUCACGCUGUUGGCCCUAUUUACUGGAAGGAAGGACGGUCGGCGUCGGCGAAACUUCUCUCCAUGUGCUACAGGACCAGCCUGCAAUUGGCUGUCGACAACGAGUGCCGGAGCAUCGCUUUCUCCGCGUUGAGCACGGGCGUGUACGGAUAUCCGAGUGACGAGGCGGCCGUGGUUGCGCUGCAGACUGUGCGCCAGUUCCUGGACGAGGAUGGCAAGGCGGAGAAGCUGGAUCGCGUCAUCUUCUGCAAUUUUUUGGAAAAGGAUGAGAAUGCUUACUACAGGGAGAUCCAGAAAUACUUCCCGAUGGUGCAGUCUGUCGAGGACACCGCCGGACAGGACGAGCCUGAUGCGCCAGUCGAAACUUCCACGGAGCCGAGCGAGAUACUGUCACAACUCCCCGAUGCGCCGACCGAAGACCCCAAGGACAUAACGGACAUCGAAGAGCCCUCGACCAAGAAGCAGAAGACAGAAGACACGGAUGAUGACUUUGUAGUCGUGGAGAAGGAGGACGCCAAGGAAGACAAGCCGAAGCCGGAGUUGUGA